AUUGUUUUUCUUUUUCCAAAGGAAUAUAUACACGUAGCCAGUUUUGAUAUCUCACAAUGCAAAGUGCAACCACAAGCAAUUAGGUAACAAGGUGACAACUCAAAAUAAAUAGAAAACGUAACACUUGAAACAAAAGCAAUCCAUUUUCCUUCUUUGUCACUCAAGAAGAUUCCAAGGGACUACAUUAGACAAACAAAUCGCAUCAUCAAAUUGUAAAAAGGGGAUGUGAAUUAUGUGAUGGUAGCUGUGAUACUACUGAAAGAAAAAGAGAACAAGCAAAACAAUGCCCCCAGAAGUGCCUUACUGCCGUUCACUUUCAACUCCUAUAGUUCAAUUUUCUCCACCACUCUCACCUGAGGCACAACAAAAUCUAGCGAUCUGUUACAAAUAUUGCAGAGGGCGUAAAAAGAUGAACAUCAACAUAAGAAAACUUAUCCCGGCGGUCAUCAUGAUCCUAUCUAGCUUCUCCAUCAUCAGGUUUCUUUUAAUCACAUUCUUCACUACUUCAUCCAGUUCACCUCCACUGCCAACUUUACCCACUAUUCUUCAGCACACAGAUGCACCAGGCUCCUCAACAAAUCAACCAAAAACCUCUGCCAAUGCCAUCAUGCUUACAGAAAAAGAAUUUCAACUCCUGUCAACCCUUGUUGCCCAUAAAGCCCCCUGCAACCUCCUCAUUUUUGGGCUUGAACCCCAAUACCUGUACCUCUCACAAAUCAAUGCAGGUGGCACCACCAUUUUUAUAGAGGAUGAUAUUAACAAGCUACGCACAAUCAAAGCCAAUUCAAACAGCACUCAAGCUUACAAGGUUGGAUACAAUAUACCUGGAAAAGAGGCUUACAAUCUGCUCAAGCACGCAAGGAAGAAUCCAGCCUGUGUGCCUAGCUCAGGACUGCUUCAAGUAUCAAAAUGCCGGCUUCAGUUGACAAAUUUACCACAAGAAGUAUAUCAGCAUAAAUGGGAUGUGAUAGUGGUGGAUGGACCGAGUGGGGAUACACCAGAGGCACCAGGUAGGAUGGGAACAAUCUAUACUGCCAGUAUAUUAGCAAGAGCUGGGAAUAUGACGGAUGUAGUCAUACAUGAUGUCAAUCGAAUGAUUGAAAAGUGGUUUUCUUGGGAGUUUCUAUGUGAUGAGAACUUAGUUUCUUCCAAAGGGAAACUGUGGAUUUUCAGGAUCAGAGGUCAAUUAAAUUCUACAACAUUUUGCCCUGCUAAAACUGCUGUCAUAGAGUAAGAGCAUUCUUUUAUUCUUUUUUAUUGUAGGUGAGAGCACAAAGCAAAUAAAUUAUGCAAUUGCAAAAAUAUGAAAACAGCGUGCUGUGGCAAUUUUGUUGUACCACCCUAGAGCAUGCCAAUCAGGAGAUAAGAUCCAUGCAAUUUUUGGACUGCAAACCAUUCAAGACUACAGAUAGUAAUUUAAAAUAUGAAGUUAUUUCAGCAGCCUGUUUCAUUGACAUGCGAGUACAUCAACAUAAAAGACUGAAUGUGCAAUAUAUGCAACAUUUCAAAGCGCAAGCAGCUUGUUGUAUUCCAAAAAUCAAGGAAGCAGUGGAAGCUCAAGAACACAUCAAUUAUAUAUGUACUUUGUAGAUGGGAAUAUUGGUGUUACCCAAAAAAACAGAAUUACCACAUACCCAAAAAUCAUGUUGAGUGCAUUUUGCAAACAGACUAAAUGCCUCCAAUAUCACAAAUUAUGAUAUGAAGUUCCAACAGACUGCACUUCUUUUC